CGGCGGCGGCGGCGGUGGUGGCGGCGGCGGGCGACGGUGGUAGCGGCGAGCGCUCGGCGCCCAUUCAUGAUCCAGCUUGCGGGGCCGGUGACCGGUAAAGCGGAGCCGGUGCCCGGUAAAACGGCGCCGGUGCCGCCGUUAUGGAAACAUCGGGGCAUCUCCACGAUUCGGGCGUGGGGGACCUGGAGGAGGACGGUCGGUGUCCCUGCCCCUUACCGGGGGAUGAACGGACACCGGCACCGGCACCACCGCCUCCCGCCGCCUUGCCGCCGCUCCAGCACAGCCUGUUGCACUCCUCGCCCGGGUCGUUACGGGCCCCUCCUCCUCCUCCCGCCGCCCCCGCCGCCCUCCACCCUUCCUCCCGCCACGGCAGCCAGCUCAACCUCGGCGACCACCCGGCGGGCUCCGGGGUGGGGAGCGGCAAACACCGGCAGCCCAGCCCCUUGGUUCACCGACGGGACAGCAACCCCUUCACCGAGAUCGCCAUGAGCUCCUGCAAGUACAGCGGGGGGGUGAUGAAGCCUCUCAGCCGCCUCAGCGCAUCCCGCAGGAACCUCAUCGAGGCCGAACCGGAGGCUCAACCUCUACAGCUUUUCGGUGCCACCGGACCCCCGGAGAUCGUCGUCUCACGAGAGGACAACCACGCGCCCGCCGCCCAUCGCCCCGACCGCCCUCCCGCUCGCCCGGCCCCGGCUGCCUUUGCCAAGGGGCCCAAACGCAAGGCACAGAACAUCGGGUACCGGCUGGGGCACCGCCGGGCACUCUUCGAGAAGAGGAAGAGGCUCAGCGACUACGCUCUCAUCUUUGGCAUGUUUGGCAUCGUCGUCAUGGUCAUCGAGACCGAGCUGUCCUGGGGGCUCUACUCCAAGGACUCCAUGUUCUCCUUGGCCCUGAAAUGCCUCAUCAGCCUCUCCACUGUCAUCCUGCUGGGCCUCAUCAUUGCCUACCACACACGGGAGGUGCAGCUCUUUGUGAUCGACAACGGAGCCGACGACUGGCGGAUAGCGAUGACCUACGAGCGCAUCCUCUACAUCAGCCUGGAGAUGCUGGUCUGUGCCAUCCACCCCAUCCCUGGGGAGUACAAAUUUUUCUGGACAGCUCGCCUGGCAUUCUCCUACACCCCUUCAAGGGCAGAGGCAGAUGUGGACAUCAUCCUGUCCAUCCCCAUGUUCCUGAGGCUCUACCUGAUCGCUCGGGUGAUGCUGCUGCACAGUAAGCUCUUCACCGACGCCUCCUCGCGCAGCAUCGGCGCCCUCAACAAGAUCAACUUCAACACUCGCUUUGUCAUGAAGACCCUCAUGACCAUCUGCCCUGGCACAGUGCUGCUGGUCUUCAGCAUCUCCCUCUGGAUCAUCGCUGCCUGGACGGUGCGGGUGUGCGAGAGGUAUCACGACCAGCAGGACGUCACCAGCAACUUCCUGGGUGCCAUGUGGCUCAUCUCCAUCACCUUCCUCUCCAUUGGCUACGGUGAUAUGGUGCCACACACCUACUGCGGGAAGGGCGUCUGCCUGCUCACUGGCAUCAUGGGUGCUGGCUGCACGGCGCUGGUGGUGGCCGUGGUGGCCAGGAAGCUGGAGCUCACCAAAGCUGAGAAGCACGUCCACAACUUCAUGAUGGACACACAGCUGACCAAGAGGAUCAAGAACGCGGCAGCCAACGUCCUGCGGGAGACGUGGCUCAUUUACAAGCACACCAAGCUGCUGAAGAAGAUCGACCACGCCAAAGUCAGGAAGCAUCAGAGGAAGUUCCUACAAGCCAUUCACCAGUUGCGGAGCGUGAAAAUGGAGCAGAGGAAGCUGAGUGACCAAGCCAACACUCUGGUUGACCUCUCGAAGAUGCAGAACGUGAUGUACGACCUCAUCACCGAGCUCAACGACCGCAGCGAGGACCUGGAGAAGCAGAUCGGCAGCCUGGAGUCCAAACUGGAGCAGCUGAGCGCCAGCUUCAACUCGCUGCCCCUGCUGAUGGCCGAUAUGCUGCGGCAGCAGCAGCAGCGCCUGCUCGCCGCCCUCCUGGAGGCUCGGGGGGUCGGCGUGCCCGUGGCCACCCCCCAAACUCCUCUCUCCGAGAGCCCCAUCGGGGUCAGCUCCACUUCUUUCCCCACUCCUUACACAAGCUCAAGCAGCUGCUAAGACGCAGCCCUUCAAGCCUCCCCCCUCCCCCCCCACGGACACGUCCCGAGGUCUCCACGGACUUUUCUUCUGGUCCUCGAGCCGCCGCCGUCGUCGCCGCCGCUGCUGCCGUCGCAAGGACCCUUCGGCCGGAGCCGGUGGGACCAGCAGUGCCGAGCCCAGCUCGGAGCUUUGCCAACGCCUUGGUUUCGGGAAUCGCAUCCCCGUUCAGGUGCCUCUACACGUGGAGAAGGAAGGGGACGGGAGGUGACGCCUCGGGCGAGAGCCCCACGCCGCGGCGUCCCGGUGGCGGAUGGAAAGCCCACGCUCAAUCUCAGGUCUUCACAUUUGAAAACACAAAACAAAGCAAAACAGCAACGCGUCAGAAGCACUGAAGCAACGGAGACACCAGAGGGAGAGUUUUCCUCCCCCUCCCCUGCGUGGACCCCCGCCGGGGACCGGGGCGCUCCUUUCGUCCCCUGUCCCCGCUCACCAUCGCCAAGCCCCUCUGGGCAGAUGCCAACGUGGUGGUGGCUUCUUGCACAGGCUCUGACCUACGCUGCCCGCCCUCCAUCCCAUCUCCUGACCAGGACCCACAGCGAUUCGCACUCCCCAACCCCCCACACCCCCCAGCUCUCCUCGCUGGGGUGGGUGGCAGCGUCUGGCCGUAACCUGCCCGGGGACUUCUCCGGAGCCGUGAGUGUUUCUGCCCGGGCAGAACAAGGGAAACUUCUUCUCUCUGC